AUGAGAUACCCCCAGGGUCCCCAGACCGUGAUGGCAUGCCAAGCAGGGGACCGGGACCCGUACCCGUGCACCCCACUGCGCACCCGUUUCAGCCUGGACGGCGGUCGAUCCCAGGAGCUGAGCAGGUUUUACCAGCUGACCCAGCAGCAUCGUGAGUUUUACCGGGACAAGAGCGGGAUGCUGUAUGUCCUUCCCUACUUUGUGCUGCCCUCGAAGGAAAAGGAGAGAUAUCCUCAUCCACUCGACCUCCCAGCGCUCAGUGUGAAGACCCGCUGGCAUUUGCUGCGAGUGUCCCCGGUGAACCUGCGGACCUACCAGACCUUCCCCUCGGGGAAGAGAGUCACCUCCCAAGAGAGAGAGACCCGAGACAGCUUUUUCGAGUACCGAGCCUAA